GGAAACUUUUGGCACGGGAUCAAGGACACCAUGGCAACUCAAGAGCGCCAACGCAACUUCAAGAAAGGGAUCGAUGUCGAGGACAUCCGCCGCCGGCGAGAAGACACGGCUGUCCGAAUUCGUAAGGAGAAACGCGACGAACAACUCGCCCAGAAGCGUCGGAUGGCGGCUGGACAAAUGGACGUCUCAGCACCAACUGAAGCUGUCGACGCCCACUUGCAGCAACGAAUCAACGAGCUGCCUGAAAUGUGCCAGGACUUGCGAUGUCCCGACCCGGUCAAGCAACUGAACGCCGUGACGAAAUUCCGCAAACUUCUCUCCAUCGAGAAAAACCCGCCGAUCGAAGAAGUCAUCUCUCUUGGUGUCGUACCUGUGUUUGUUGAGUUCCUCAAGUUCGAAGCGAACCCGCGGCUGCAGUUCGAAGCAGCAUGGUCGCUCACCAACAUCGCGUCGGGCACGUCCCUGCACACACGCAUUGUGAUUGAGCAUGGCGCUGUACCCGUCUUCACGCAGCUGCUUUUGAGUCCCGAUGACGACGUGCGAGAGCAAGCGGUGUGGGCACUUGGCAACAUCGCCGGAGACUCGCCCGAGUGCCGCGACGUCGUGUUGAGCUGUGGCGCGCUGCAGCCUUUGACACAGCAGCUCUCGAGGGAUGCAAAACCCACGAUGGUGCGCAAUGCGACGUGGACAUUGAGCAACUUUUGUCGCGGUAAACCCGCCCCGCCUUUCGAAGCUGUUCGACCCGCGCUAUCGACCCUCGCUCAGCUCAUUUUCUCCCAGGACGAAGAAGUCCUGACCGAUGCGUGCUGGGCGCUGAGUUACUUGAGCGACGGUGGCAAUGAAAAGAUCCAAGCUGUGAUUGAGACGGGUGCGUGCAAGCGUUUGAUUGAGCUCUUGAUGCACCCGUCGCCGUCCGUGCAGACGCCUGCACUGCGCGCGGUGGGCAACAUCGUCACAGGCGACGACAUCCAAACGCAGGUGAUGCUGAAUUUGAACAUCCUGCCGUGCCUGGUGGCGCUCCUGCACUCGCCCAAGAAGGGGAUUCGAAAAGAAGCGUGCUGGACAGUCUCCAACAUCACGGCAGGCAAUCCGCAGCAGAUCCAAACGAUUUUUGAUCACGACAUCUUUCUCAUUCUCCUCGACUACCUUGCCACGGCGGAGUUUGAUAUCAAGAAGGAAGCAGCGUGGGCUGUGUCGAACGCUACAUCCGGCACACCCGAACAGAUUCGACAACUCGUGCACUUGGGAUGCAUCCCCCCUCUGUGCAACCUGCUCGAAGUGUCCGAGCCCAAACUCAUCACGGUGGCGCUGGAAGGCCUGGAAAACAUCCUCGUGGCGGGAGAGAACCAAGGCCUUGCGGACGGCACCCACGUGAACGAGUACGUAACCGUGGUCGAAGACUGUGACGGCGUGACCAAAAUUGAAAACCUCCAGUACCACGAACAGACUGAAAUCUACAACAAGUCGCUUGGAUUGAUCGAGCGGUUCUUCCAAGGCGAAGAUGACGACGUUGGUGCGGACGUUGCGGUGCAAGGCGGUCAGUUCCAGUUUGGGUUUGACCCGGCGACAAACGCGCACCCGACUGUCUUUUCGUUUGGGCAACCGCAGUAGCCCAACUGGGUGCUGCUCCCUCACUCCACGUCGUGUGCAGGAUAAAGUAGAGUGCCAACGAUUGCAUGUGUCCCGUUGUGCCAAACUCGACCCGUGUGACGACGCGUUUGCAAGCGGCCACACUCUCUAUGGGCCGACAUGGCGCAAGGCAUGAAACUUGGGCUAGAUACAAGUGCACGAGCGAAUCAGUGGUUUCACCGCAUCAUCUUUUCGGUCUAAUCAUUCCAUUCGAUCCUGUGCUACCCAUAUACUGUCGACGUUGGUGCGCGAGACAAGGUUGUCGAUGGUGGCUGCGCACACGGUAUCGUCGCUAUGGAGACUGCUAUUUGUCUGUCCCUGCGUGUUUCAAUUCGUCAGUCGGAAUCGUCCCCAUCUGCUCAAGCACUUGGAG